AGCACUGCUCCCCAGACCGCCGGUCACCCGGGGCGACGGCGGUGACGGAGUGACCGGUGCGGCGUGACCGGGGCCCAUGGCGUGGCCGGAAAUGAUCUCGCCCGGGCAGCCGGGCAUCAAGAGGAACUUGAAUGGUGACGUGAUGUCAGUCCAUGGAGUCUUCAACUAUCAGAAGCCCGCCGUCGAGCGGACCUUAGUCCGCAAUGGGAAGCUGUACACCCACCGAGACCUGCGCGGAAGUGAUGAUAAGAUCUAUGGCGCGCAGUGGUCGAAUGAGGAGGUGGUGGUGCGGAAUGCGCGCCUGGAGGAGCCUUUCCAGCUUGAUGUGCAAGGCUUUGAACUGCAUAAGUUCCCCACGAACAUGGCUUACAGCGAGUUCUUUUUAGAGGACAAUAUCCUCAACCGAUAUCAUGCAGAGAUUAUUGAGCUCGUGAAGAAAGCCACAGGUGCCAAGUACGUGAUCCCCUUUGACCACAAUAUCAGGUCAGCCACUGGCAAGGCGAGUGAGAAGGAAAUCCAGGGUGGUGCCAAAGUGCAGUCUCCUGGAGGGCUGGUGCACAAUGACUACACCCUCACUGGGGGUCCUUUACGCUUCGAGCAGCUGGCGCAGCCUCCCAAGGUCAACGACAGCAUUCAGAAGGAGGGCAUGAAGCCGGCGAUCCCCGAGGCUGGCCACCCUGGUUGCUCCGCUGUUCUCUUGGACAUUCCACCUUUCGGCGAGCACCGCAGGAAGUCUACGAGGCCUGGGUGCAAAGCUCAGGUUGGGCCAUCAUCAAUGCUUGGAGAAACAUCCGAGAGAAGCCUGUGGAGGUCUACCCUUUUGCCUUGAUGGAUGCCCGAACGGCCUCUGAAAAGGAUCUUUGCGUCUUUGAGAUCCACUACAAAGACCGCAUCGGGGAGAACUACUUUGCUGCCAGCUCGCCGGAUCACCGGUGGUAUUACUACCCUCACAUGACCCGAGACGAGGUGAUUCUCCUGAAGCAAUGGGACUCUCAAGGAUGGCUCCAUGGCGGUCCUCGCGCGAACUUCACCUUGCACUCGGCCUUCAAGGACCCCUCCAGCCCCGAAGAGGGGGAGGAUCGCGUCUCCUGCGAGGUGCGCUGCGUUUGUGUUUGGGAGGAGUAGUGAGUCAGUGAGAAAGAUGUUUGCAGCAAGCUGCUUUGAAACUGAGCAGGUUUGCUGUAACCUUUGAAAGUUUCCACGUAGACGUAGCCUUCCCACGUAGCCCUUGCUUGCCAAAGACUUGCAGAAACUCAUCGCUUCCGC